CGGCGCGGAGGCGGCGGCUGCAGGCGCCGGGGCGCAGUAGCGGACGGGGUGGGCGCGCGGCCAGGCGCCUCCCCGGUCCCCGCGACCCAACUCCAGCCCGGGCCGGGAUAAGUUGCUGCCGCCGGCGGAGAGCGGGGCUGCGAAGCCACCAGGGCGCCAUGCCGGCCGUCAAGAAGGAGUUCCCGGGCCGCGAGGACCUGGCCCUGGCUCUGGCCACGUUCCACCCGACCCUGGCCGCGCUGCCGCUGCCGCCGCUGCCGGGCUACCUGGCGCCACUGCCCGCGGCGGCGGCCCUCCCCCCGGCCGCCUCUUUGCCCGCCUCGGCCGCCGGCUACGAGGCUCUGCUGGCCCCGCCGCUCCGCCCCCCGCGCGCCUACCUCAGCCUGCACGAGGCCGCCCCGCACUUGCACCUGCCCAGGGACCCGCUGGCCCUCGAGCGCUUCUCGGCCACCGCGGCCGCGGCCCCGGAUUUCCAGCCGCUGCUGGACAACGGCGAGCCGUGCAUCGAGGUGGAGUGCGGCGCCAACCGCGCGCUGCUCUACGUGCGCAAACUCUGCCAGGGCAGCAAGGGCCCGUCCAUCCGCCACCGCGGCGAGUGGCUCACGCCCAACGAGUUCCAGUUCGUCAGCGGCCGCGAGACGGCCAAGGACUGGAAGCGCAGCAUCCGCCACAAAGGGAAGAGUCUGAAGACGCUUAUGUCCAAGGGGAUCCUGCAGGUGCAUCCUCCGAUCUGCGACUGCCCGGGCUGCCGAAUAUCCUCCCCGGUGAACCGGGGGCGGCUGGCAGACAAGAGGACAGUCGCUCUGCCUGCUGCCCGGAGCCUGAAGAAGGAGCGGACUCCCAGCUUCUCUGCCAGCGAUGGUGACAGCGACGGGAGUGGUCCCACCUGUGGGCGGCGGCCAGGCUUGAAGCAGGAGAAUGGCCCUCACAUCCGUAUCAUGAAGAGAAGAGUCCACACCCACUGGGACCUGAACAUCUCGUUCCGAGAGACGUCCUGCAGCCAGGACAGCAACCUUCCCACCCUCAUAUCCAGCAUCCACCGCAGCCGCCACCUCGUGAUGCCUGAGCAUCAGAGCCGCUGUGAAUUCCAGAGAGGCAGCCUGGAGAUUGGCCUGGGACCUGCAGGUGACCUCUUGGGCAAGAGGCUGGGCCGCUCCCCCCAUAUCAGCAGCGACUGCUCUUCGGAGAAGAGGGCACGAAGCGAAUCCCCCCAAGAAGCACUGCUGCUGCCGCCAGAGCUGGGGCCCAGCAUGGCCCCGGAGGACCACUACCGUCGGCUCAUGUCGGCGCUGAGCGAGGCCAGCACCUUUGAGGACCCUCAGCGCCUCUACCACCUGGGCCUCCCCAGCCACGAUCUCCUGAGGGUCCGGCAGGAGGUGGCAGCUUCAGCUCUGAGGGGCCCCGGUGGCCUGGAAGCCCACCUGCCCUCCUCCACGGCAGGUCAGCGUCGGAAGCAGGGCCUGGCUCAGCACCGGGAGGGCGCCGCCCCAGCUGUCGCCCCGUCCUUCUCGGAGAGGGAGCUGCCGCAGCCGCCCCCCUUGCUGUCGCCCCAGAAUGCUCCUCACAUCGCCCUGGGCCCCCACCUCAGGCCCCCCUUCCUGGGGGUGCCCUCGGCUCUGUGCCAGACCCCAGGCUACGGCUUCCUGCCCCCAGCCCAGGCGGAGAUGUUCGCCCGGCAGCAGGAGCUCCUGCGGAAGCAAAACCUGGCCCGGCUGGAGCUGCCCGCCGACCUCCUGCGGCAGAAGGAGCUGGAGGGCGCGCGCCCACAGCUGCUGGCGCCCGAGGCCGCCCUGCGCCCCAACGACGGCGCCGAGGAGCUGCAGCGGCGCGGGGCCCUGCUGGUGCUGAACCACGGCGCGGCGCCAUUGCUGGCCCUGCCCCCCCCAGGGCCCCCGGGCUCCGGACCCCCCACCCCGUCCCGGGACUCUGCCCGGCGAGCCCCCCGGAAAGGGGGUCCCGGCUCUGCCUGCCGGCCCAGCGAGUCCAAAGAGAUGACGGGGGCUAGGCUCUGGGCACAAGAUGGUUCGGAGGACGAGCCCCCCAAAGACUCGGACGGAGAGGACCCCGAGGCUGCAGCUGCUGGGUGCCGGGGGCCCACUCCGGGCCAAGCUCCAGCUGGAGGGGCCGGCGCCGAGGGGAAGGGGCUUUUCUCAGGGUCCACACUGCCCCCUCCGCUGCCCCUGGGCUUCCCCUAUGCCGUCAGCCCCUACUUUCACACAGGUGGGCGCGCCGUAGGGGGACUCUCCGUGGAUGGGAGAGGCCCAGCCCCCGAGGACGUCAGCAAAUGGACCGUGGAUGAUGUCCUGCACUUCGUGGGGGGCCUGUCUGGCUGCGGAGAGUACACUCGGGUCUUCAGGGAGCAGGGGAUCGACGGGGAGACCCUGCCACUGCUGACGGAGGAGCACCUGCUGAGCACUAUGGGGCUGAAGCUGGGGCCCGCCCUUAAGUAUCCGGGCCCAGGUGAGGCCAUCUCUCUGCAGGUGGCCAGGCGCCUGGGCCGAGUCUUCUACAUGGCCAGCUUCCCUGUGGCUCUGCCACUGCAGCCACCAACCCUGCGGGCCCCGGAGCGAGAACUUGGCACAGGAGAGCAGCCCUUGUCCCCCAAGACGGCAUCCCCGUAUGGAGGGGGCCACACCCUUGCUGGUCGAGCUUCACCCAAGCAGGAGAAUGGGACUUUGGCUCUACUUCCAGGGGCUCCUGACCCUUCCCAGCCUCUGUGUUGAGGUGGCCGAGGGUACGGGGUGGGGCCACACAAAUCUGCAGGAGCCACCACUCAGUACAAUGGCCCUGCCUCCCACAGCUUUAUUUCUUUUGGUUUUGGAUGCAAAACAAAAAAUUUUGAAGGAAAAUGUGACUUCAAAGAAAAGGAAGCAAUUUCCAAAGACUUGGGGGAGUAACUGUAGAGCCUGGUGCGGACGAGGUGUGCAGAUGGAGGGCAGAGGUGGUGGAAGGGGCCAGGGGUCUGCAGGCCUCCCCCUGGAACCAGGAUUGGUCUAGUCUCCUGACAGCAGGGUCAUCUCCCCUGCGGAGCUGACUUCAGUCCAGAGCUGUGGGGCUUCAGCAGCCACGCCAGCCCAGCGCAGCUCUCAGUACGUUUGGUCUUCCAUGCUGAAAAAUAAAUAGAGCCUG